UCUUCAUUCUCUCGCUGUCUGUGGCCGUUUAACGUCUAAUUCAGUCCGUUCAGUUUAGGAGCUCGUUGUGUGCGCUAUUUGAAUCGUUCGUUUUGAGUUUUGAACAGUGCGUGUGUUUUAGAACGAAACAAUAAAAAGAAAUAAAUUCAAACCAAAAAUUAAGAAUCAAUAGAAAUGGCUGGAUUCAAGUACACGUUGGGUAUCAAUGAGCUGUCAUCGAGAAAGCAUAAGCUUACAAAUGCAUUGCUCGCCGAAUUUGUAGGUAUAUUCCUGUUGAACUUUUUCGCAUGUGCAGCGUGUACAUUUGGUGAUCAUACAAUGAUAUCGUUUGCAUUUGGAUUGACUGUUUUUGUGGCCGUUAUGGCAAUUGGACACGUCUCAGGGGGUCAUAUAAACCCAGCUGUAACGGUUUCUCAGCUAGUGACGGGUAAAAUUAGUGUGGUUCGUGCUUUGCUCUACAUUUUGCUGCAAUGUUUGGGUGCUGUUGCUGGUUCAGCCAGUUUCAAAAGCUUGGUACCGGAUUCGUAUCACAACGGUUUAGGGCAUACGAAUUUAGCAGAAGGAUUGACUCCAUUGCAAGGACUUGGUCUCGAAUUUUUCCUCGGUUUCAUUCUUAUUUUUACCGUUUUUGGCGUUUGCGAUGGCAACAAACCAGACUCGAAAUAUGUUGGUCCAUUGGCGAUUGGAUUGGCGGUUACCGUCGGACAUUUAGGAACCAUCAAAUACACUGGUAGUUCGAUGAAUCCGGCUCGAACCUUUGGAACAGCAGUAAUUACUCAAACUUGGGAUAAUCAUUGGAUCUACUGGGCUGGUCCGAUCCUUGGUGGAAUUGUGGCAUCAUUGUUGUACACACAAGCUUUCAGUGCACCAGACGUUGAGGUUGAUCGCAGUGAAAAGUAUCGCACUGAUGCAAACGAAAAAGAGGAGAAAUAUUUAGACAUCAAGUACAUUGAUGACGUUUAAAAUGAAAUUAUGAGCGUUGAUCUAUCAAUCGCGAAAAAUGCGCUAGUGCCAAUCAAAUGUUAUUAUUGUUGAAUUCAUUCAUAUUGUUUAAUUUUGGUUUGCAUAAAUAAAAUAAUCCGUGCUUUUGUGAAACUUCUGCCCGUAUUUUGAGACAAGAAAACAAAAAAAAAACAAAUCGUUUAUAUAAAUAAAUAAGAGAUAUCAUCAAUUACAAAAAAACUAUCAUAAAUUAUGACAGCCAUCACUCAACUCGAUAAUCCCAACUGAAAUUAUCAGUUAUCAAAAUGUACGUAAAACGGUUUUUAUGCAUUGGCGUGUGUAUAUUGAAUUCCUUAGUGUCAUGCUCAUUCGUUUGUGUUUUUUUUUGUUGUUCGCAUGUGACGCAUAUACUCCAAACUAAUGAUGCAAGUGACCGGGUUACUUGAUUGGAACCAUUCAUUAUGCUAGAAUUUUAAUAUUUUUUUUCUCCUUUUUUUAAAUGGUUUUGUAUGAUAAGAGCACCUGAGUGGUUUGAAUGUCAAAUUCCUACGAUUACAAUUGAUUUCAAUUGAGCUUGUGCUUGUGUCAUUCAGUGAUCAUUGUUCAGUGUUUAUUUUUAACUGGCUUGAAAACACUAUUUCCAUUACUCAAUUCCUCAAUAGAAAACAGACAUCAUUCACACAUCUACAUUUUGCUUAACACUUUUCGCCUACUAAUUUUGCCAUUGCAUUUAUAUUUUAAUGCUUAAGAGAAAUCCACAUGAAGUUUUAUGUAUAUAUACCAGUUUUUGUUUAACGUAGAAUGAUGAAUUUUCAAAUUGAAAUCUAGUUUUUACAUUUCAAAUGGAUUUUUAUUUCACUUUUUUGCACAUCCAAAUAAAUUACAUGCAUGCAACAUUCACAAAAGUAAAUAUAUCCGGCUCGCUUCACAUGGUUGUACAUUAAAUGUUUUGGGGAGGUUGGAAAAAAUGACUAGUGGCUGGAGGGAACUGGCGUUAUGAUUCUUGCGGAUUUAUGGCAGCAGUAAUAUGUUUAUGUCAAAAAUGAGAUUAAAUGUAGAGGAAAUUUUUAAAAGAUAAUGUUUGGUGUAUCACCCCUGCGAGUGAAACGAUUCUUUCAUAAUAUUUCCAGCAAAUCGAGAAAUUUUUCCAAAAUUCAAUUUUAAUAAAGGCUCUAUUUUCUAGGCGUCCGAUUUCAAUAACUAGGUCAAGAAUUAUCAAAAAUCAUUCACGAUCAUGAUCUGUGAACAAUUUGUUCGCCGGUUUCAAGAAAUCGGACUCGAUUGUGAUCAGACGUCUAGGAAAUAGAGUUUUUAGUUCCACUAGAUCAAUCAAUCCUCAGGCAAAAAAUGUGCCAAAUGGUAAACUUUACAGAACUCCAGUGACACUCCUCUCUCCAACUGAUUAUGAUCAACCAUUUGUUAAUUACAAUUGGUACUUCAGUACCUCGAGGCUUAACUCGUGAUUUAGAUGAUUGAUUGUCACCCCAGCUAAUCACUAAACACUUAAAUAAAAAAAAAACAAAUAAAGAAGUGUCAAAGUAUAAAUGAAACUCUAAAACUCUGUAGUAACAAA